GAAGACGGCAUGUUCCACUCGAAACCACUCCAAGUCUCCGAGCAGAACACCAGAACACUGCUAUACUUACUCGAUCUUCUUCUGGAACCCACUUGCUCGUAGCAAACAAGGAAGAGAAUAGCGGAGCUGCAAAUCAGAUAAAGGCUUGUUAUCGCGCGGUAUCAAGCAUGCAGCCAGGUGUCGUCCUGCACUCGCAAGGAUUCUGUCUAUCUGCUUUUGUCAUUUGAUUCUCUUCUUCACCACCACCCUUGGCGGCGGCGGCGAUUAUCAGAUCUAUAACAGUCACUUUCCCGUCGCUAUUGGUCCAGUGCGUGCCACAUGCACGCUACUACCAAGCAGGCCGGCAUCAUCGAUAUUGUGUUCACUCAGUGCUACUGUUCGGCCACAUGGUUCAGCCAAGCAUUUAGCUGUCUGAGCAAGAAUACAUUCGUCUUUACGACAUCCCUAAUACUGCUCUGUGGACUUCACACACCACUGUUCAGCUGAAUGCCUCAGUU